AUGUCGAAAAAGAGUGAUGCUUCUCUGAAAAGGUGGUCUCUCAUACGAAAUUAUAUACUCAAUCCGACUAAACUGUCAGCCAAACCCUGUGAUUAUUUGUACUCGGCCAAUAUUUUUGGCCUCUUUGAGGUCAUUCAAGUUAUUGAAUCCCCCUCAGCUGUCACCUGGCGUUUGACACCACAGGUUGCUCCAGGAUCUUGUAAAUACCUUACCCUCGCAAUUCCAAAAACUCCAAUAGAAGUACAGAGCAGGGUGGAGGAUUUAGUAGGAUUCGAUCGUACUGGUAUAGCCGUGAUCUUAUGGCCAUGUGAACUUCUUCUUGCUUACUUCUUCAUGCUUCCUCCUGGACGUAUUCAGAAUGUUCUCCAGCUGCCAGUUCCCUGUAAGCGAGUUAUUGAAUUAGCUGCCGGUGGCCUUGGUAUCGGUGGAAUCGCUCUUGCGUCCGUCUUUCCCGAUCUGAAUUACAUUGCUUUGACAGACGGAAAUGAAAAAUGCGUCCAGAAUUUGGAAAACGUCAUUAAGGAAGGUAAUUAUAUCUUCCAUUCCAAGUUAGAAUCUGCGCUUCUUCGUUGGUCUAACGAUAUUGAAAAAGAGCCUUCUAUUCCAAAAGAUCAUAAUGACUGGAGGAAUUCGUUCGACCUUGUAUUCACCGCCGAUUGCUUCUUUAAUCAGUCUCAUGGUGGUCUUCUGCGAUGCAUUGAUUUUCUUCUUUCCAAGAACUCUGGUUCGACAUUCCUUGCGUUUGCUCCUCUUCGAAGUAAUACUUUGAAGAGUUUCGUAGAAUCAGCAUCGUCAGAAGAAGUUUGCGAACGCUUUCAGUGGUCUCUCAAAUUUCUUAGACCAGAGGAGGUCUUUCCAGAACUUUCAGGAGAUGAGGAAAAGAUGGUUCCUCAUAUGGUCUACAUCCAGCGUUGCUAG